UCGAAGUCCCUCUCUCUGAACAGAUGUUUACUCUGUGACUACCAACAGCAGCUUUAAUACUAUUUCUCAGUAGUAAAUUAUUCUUGUUUUUUCAUGAGGCCCUAAAUCUCUGUGGUUUAUGUUCCAUCAACUUUACUGGAUGAUCUUCUUUUUGGUUUUUAACAACCAAUUUGGUGACAUCAUCCAGGGUUUCAUGUAUUUUUACAGUGCAUUGAUAACUGUUUUGUGCCAUGAGGCCACAAAGACCAAACACAUUAUGAGCAGUUAAAUCGAUAAUGAGUAUAAUUGAUGCCUUUAGUCAACAUUAUGUCUUCCUCGCCUCGUUUCAAAGCACGAGCAGAGAAUUAUUUCAUCAUUUGUAUUUGGGAGUUCCUAGUCUGGCCAGUCACCUUGACAACAUUGGCCCAAUGACAGCGCGCACGCGAACUAGGCCAGCCAAUCACAGGCGCCCGGCGAGGCUGCAUGUCAUUUCUGCCCCGCUUGCAACCUGCACCGUGUUUUGUUUGUCUGUCUGCGCACCAGGGAUGAAUCCGUGGGGUCUGCCGUCUAUGCUGGCUCGCUACAAACGCAGGAAAUGUCACCGCUCAUGAGGACUCUGGUAACCGCAGAGGGCAAAUGGUUUAGGACCGCAAGGAAGCCUCGUGGACCGGUGGACUGUGGAGUCAGUUGCUGCUGCUGGAUGAGAGUCUGACUAGGCAUUUUCUCCCCGGUGACAGAGACAACCUCAGCCGCGCAUCUUCCCUCAUCCUCAUCCUCCCCUCCCCUCCCUUCUCCUCUCCUCCUCCUCCUCCUCCUCAUCCUCCUCUGCCGCCCUCCAAAGCUGCAGCACAGCGACCAUGGCCCUGGUGACUCUGCAGCGUUCCCCCACCCCGAGUGCAGCAUCCUCGGCGAGCACGACCAACAGCAGCGCGGGGGAGGAUUUUGGGAGCGACGAUGACCGCAAAAACAACCAGAGCCUCAGCGAGAGUUUCUUCAUGGUCAAAGGAGCCGCCCUCUUCCUCCAACAGGGCGUCAGCACACAAGGACCAAAGACCCCGACCCACCACAAACACGCAGGUGAUUUGCCUCAACACCUGCAGGUCAUGUUCAAGAUCCUCCGGUCUGAAGAUCGCAUCAAGCUGGCUGUUCGGGUAGAAAGCGGGUGGACAGAGCGGGUGCGUUACAUGGUCGUUAUUUACACCAGCGGCCAUCAAGACACAGAGGAAAACAUCGUCCUGGGAAUGGACUUCAUGGACAAAGACAGUAAGGAUUGCUCUAUCGGGAUGGUGCUGCCUCUGUGGAGUGACACCAACAUACAUUUAGAUGGAGAUGGAGGCUUCAGUGUGAACACGGCAGGGCGGUCACAUGUCUUCAAGCCUGUAUCUGUGCAGGCCAUGUGGUCUGCCCUGCAGGUCCUCCACAAGGCAUGCGAGGUGUCGCGUCGCUUCAACUACUUCCCAGGGGGCAUUGCUCUCACAUGGAUGGCCUUCUACGAGAGCUGCAUCACCUCAGAGCAAAGCUGCAUCAACGAGUGGAACGCGAUGACCGACCUGGAGACAACGCGGCCGGACUCGCCUACCAUGUUUGUCGACCGGCCGACCGAGCGGGAGAGAACAGAGUGUCUCAUAAAAACCAAGCUUCGCACCAUCAUGACGUUUCAAGACCUGGAGAACAUCACCUCUAAGGAGAUCCGUAAUGAGCUGGAGCAGCAUAUGAGCUGUAACCUCAAAGAGUACAAAGAGUUCAUAGACAAUGAGAUGCUGCUGAUCCUCGGUCAGAUGGACAAGGCCACGCUGAUCUUCGAUCAUGUGUACUUGGGCUCUGAGUGGAAUGCCUCCAACCUAGAAGAGCUUCGAGACUGUGGGGUGGGUUAUAUCCUCAACGUGACCAGAGAGAUCGACAACUUCUUCCCUGCAUUGUUCUCGUAUCACAACGUCCGAGUGUACGAUGAGGAAGCCACAGACCUGCUGGCUCACUGGAACGACACAUACAACUUUAUCGUCAAAGCCAAGAAGAACAAUUCCAAGUGCCUGGUGCACUGUAAGAUGGGGGUGAGCCGGUCCGCCUCCACAGUUAUUGCCUAUGCAAUGAAGGAGUUCGGCUGGUCUCUGGAGAAAGCCUACAACUUUGUCAAGCAGAAACGGAGCAUAGCUCAGCCGAACGCCGCCUUCAUGAGGCAGCUGGCAGAAUACGCAGGGAUCCUGGACGCAAGUAAACAUCGCCACAACAAGCUGUGGAGGCCGGACACAGACGAGGAGGGGUCUGAUGAUUUACAAGCCUCCUCCUCUACUGGAGGAGAGGAGACACCUGUGCUCAGAGGGGAGGAGGCCUGGGGAGGCUGCGAGGCAUCCCCCUGCAGGAUGGGUCUGGAGAUGGAGCCCCUCGACACUCUGAACUACAACUAUUAUUUCAGACGUCUGUCAGACUCUGCACUAGAUAGUGAGCCCUCCACUCCAGUGCGGGGCCCUCCUCUCCUGGGCAUGGAGAGAGUCUUCAUCGAGAUCGAAGACGUGGAGAGGGAUGCCCUGCUGGAGGACGAGGGCUUCGCCAUGGCUCAUUUAGCUCUGCCAGGCGAGGGUACGGCGGCUCAGACAUGUGGGCGACUGGAUCCCAUGGAGGACAUGCGGCUGAGGCUCGAGUUCAGUACUCUGGAGGAAGAGGAUGAAGAGGAGGCCAAGAAAGAGGAAGCUGAGAUGGCGGCAUUGGCUCAGACGCCUGGGAAUACAGAAGGGAAGGAGGCAGAGAGGACGGAGGAAAGUCGGAUAGGCCUAGCAAACCUGAACACCAACAACAGCAACCGCCUCGCUGCUAAACGAAGCUGCCCGGCAGCUUUUGAUGACAGUGCAAGCACAGGAAACCCUUUAAAAGUGAAGCCUUCCUACCAGUCCUGCAAAGACUGCCUGCGUCUACCACAAGGACGUCGCUGUGAUCGUCCAGCUGGAGGCCGUUCUCAUCGCCUUAACCCCUCCCGCCACUGCACCAUACCCUCCAUAUGCAUAGACCCGCCCGGAACACACUUUGCCUCUACCCCGCUCCUGCAUUCUCUACAAGCUACCGCGGUCAUCCCCCCAAACUUUGUCCCGCCGUGUAGUCAUGUGUACCGCUGCGUCACCUGCGUCCCAGUUGUCCCGCUAACCAUCCGACCGAAAGUGGUCUCCCCCAUGAGCUGUGAGGACACGCCUUUUGGCCACAGCUCAGCGGGAGAGACGGAGGACAUGGAGGAACCACAGGCGCAGGACUUGGGAGCACAAGUAUCGAGGGAGGGGACAGCAGGUGGUGCUGUAGAGCUCCAGCUGCAAAUGCCGGGACUGGGGAUGGGGUUUGGUCUGGAACUGAUGCGACAGAGGGCGGAGCAGCUUGAGAAGCUUCCAAAUUUGUCCAUGGAGGGGCAGCUCUAGUAGGGCCUUUGCCUCAAAACAGCGUCCCAAGCAUGGACAGAGACAGAGGAGGAGGUUUGACACUGCCUCCGAUAGCUAAACUAUGGUGGCUUUUAGACGACCGCUGCUGUGGUGCUGUACCAGAAACAAAGCUCUGCCUUGACCUGUGCUGUCAUAGCUGCACUGUUAUAAGCUGCAACAGCCUUCUCUGCAUUUACAGAGAGCGUCCUGUCGUUAUCUACCGGCAUUAAGAUCCAGAUGAGGCUGGUUGUUUUGACCAUGCAGGUGUAGACUGAAAACUCUCCUGUGUCCUCCACAGACAGGAUCAUCUCUCUUCCUAGCAGCCCUGUGAAGAUGUUCAUCUGCCAUUUAACCCCCUAAAAGACCAGAAGUAAGAACAGCUGUGUUUUCUAAAUUGUGAAAAAGCGAUCGCUAGCGCUUCAAUGUCGACGAAAAGAAAAAAAACCUGAAGUGACACGCUUCUCUUCGUUUGUUUUUCAACUCUUAAAACAGUAUUCUGGAAGGAGCUCAGUGAAUGUUUGCAGUUCAGUAUUUCCUCAUGUCACCACUGAUAACUGAAUCCUCAAUAACCUUCACUGAUAAUCCCUGCUGCAGUUACUUUUGGGCAUUUCAUGUGAUCACAUUAUCAUGUUUUUUAAAAGGAUGUGAGUCUACGUGAGCCUUUUUGAUGCCUCUUUGUAAAGCGUUGUACCUCGGACCACAAGCAUCUCAGACUGUUUUGGUCAAAGACUGUUUUGUUGUCUCUGCUCGGUGGCUGAGUUCACUCGACCUCCUCCAUUCAAGUUAACGUAAUCAUGUAGUUACAGUGCUCACUUGAGCCCACGCAUGACUUGCAGUAUUACAUAACAUAUCCUCAACAUGCUUGGACUGAAAACAUCAAAGUUGUCUUACCUUUUUUUUUUUUUUUUAAUUGUGGAAAACUUUUGUUCAGAAAAGGAGCAAUCAUUAAUUCCAGAAGAUUCAGUCUGAGUGGGUGUAACGGCCGGCUUUCUCCUCAGAGAACGAUACAUGAAAGACACUCCAGAAAUCAGCUGUUCAACACUUCAGUCAUUCAUUCAGAAACAUCCAGAAGCUUAAACAUAGUUCCAUUUUCUGCUCUUGAUCAGAUCACACCUGAUGUAACAAAGCCAUAUCACGUUGCCAAGCUCAGUUAGACACCUGAACACAGUUCCCUUCAAUAUAUCUCACACUAUCUUAUUUUCUUACAUCUGGCUCACACUCUAAACUCUUAAUUUCUUGAUCUCACACUUUAAAAACAUCAAGCUGUUUCCCCUUAGCACACAAAAUUGCAGAGGCACACCCGUCAUUUAUAGAUAAAGCACUUGAACACAACUCUAGUAUCCCCUCACACAGUGCACAUACAUAUUUCAGCUGUGAUUAAUAAUAUAAGAUGAAAACACUAAAGCAAAAAGUGUAAGUUUAGAAAGAGAGCAUACUUUGCCUGCAGUGGAGGGCCCGUCCUUGUGAGUGUAGCUGUUGAUAGUUUAUGUGAAAAUAAUUUAAGAAAUUAAAGCUCCAGUUCUUCUUAUUCCGACUUUCAGGUUACCAAAUUAGAUAUUUAUAUUUCCAGUAUGAAAGAUUAUUUUGAGCACUAUAUUUACUUGACUAACUGUGAGUGUAAAGCUCAGCACUCGCAGGUUUUUUGUUUUUUUUUUCAUUUUGGACUUUAUAACUCGCAUGUUUUGUUUCAUUUGUGCCACCGGUUCCAAAGUUGCUGUGCCACAGGGUUUUCUUGUGUUCGGUUGAUGUUGUGUUCUUACUGUUUUUUGGCACGCUGGGUGUGCUGAAUGGUACUGAAUGAUGCCUGUUUGUGUGCAGGAAAAAGCACAUGCUCAUGUUGAUACUGUGUUGAAAGAUGUUGAGUGCUCCAGAAAACAAUGAAAACUGUGCAAAGAAUGAAUGCAAGCUAUUUAAUCCUACUUAACCUUGGGAAUAUUGUGCAUAUUUGAGAGUUUUAUUCUGUUUUGUUUUUUUUCAGCUAUCAGUAGAAAAAAUCAACAAUGCAUCCUCUCCAUCUUCUCCUCGAUUAAGUGAAAACCAGGGAGCUGCAGGUUUGCUCCAGUAGUUUGGUUUUAAUAAUUUGAUUUUGCCUUUAACCUGCUCUUUCACCUCAUGUUGUGGUUUGAGAAUUAUGUCACCAUGGCACUUAACGUUGUUGGAAUGGAAAUAUUACAAACUUAAGAAUAUAAAGUGAACUUUUUGAGAGAAUUUGCAGCUUUAGAAUUAAGAAAUGUUACAAAAUAGCAACUUGAAGGAUUUUAACAUCUUGUAAAAUGUGCAUUUGCUUUGUAGCCGAGCAGAAGGGGAAAUCAGAUGCUGUCUGCUUAGCUUAGCUGACUGGACAAAAGGAAACAGCUGGUCUGGCUUUAUCGGAAGGCCAAAAACUAACACCUCCAGAGCUCAAUAUAACGUUAAGUCUACAUUUGUUCAUCUUGAUUUGGCGCCAAAAAUUGCAACAAGCAUGAGAGGUGGUCAGGCAGCAGAUUUUGUUUUACCUUCCGACAGGUUGUUAGUGUGUUUUUUUCAGUCAAUAUGCAGACAAAGCAACAAAAUAAGCUAAAAGAAGCAGACUUUAAAAUGAUCAACUAUUUCUUUAACAUAUAAAUAAUCUAAUUCUAAUUUAAGCCAGUUGUUCCCGUAUGUUCGCUAUCUCGGCAGGUUAGCCUGGUAGCUGAAGUGAAAGCACUCAAACCUCCUCUCGAGCUCCCAGACCGCAGCACUAUGUUUGGUUGUUUACUUCACGUUUUGAUCUUGUUUUUGUCUUUAAGUGCCUUAACCUUAGCCUUAGCUCCAUCACAAAGCAUCACAGGCUUUACCGAGUUUCUGUGAGUGUGUUGAUGGUCUGGCUUUUUUUGUACAUUUCUCACCCCUUCACUCCCUAUAAUAACCAUGCUCCCUGCGAUGUAUAACUCAGCACAUAUUGUAAUGUAUGCAAACACAAACGAGCUCAUGCACAGCAGCGUCCUACACCCUGAUACAUGCAUACUUGAUGGACUUCCAUUUAUCAAUAGCCUAUAAUAAUAUGGUAUUUGUUUGAUAUUGUGGUACACUGUAUCGGUUCAAUAGCUGGCUGAAGAACCUGACCUGCUGGAAUGAGAACUAUCAUUUACAUUAAAACAAUAAGUCUUCAAAAUUAACAAGCCUGUAUAUAGUUUUUCUCUACGAUUUGCUAUCGAGUACGUAAGCUUGCAGAUGUGAUCAAUAUUAUGAAAAGCACUGAUAAAGCUCCUGUGUACUGAAGACUCAUGAUUCAGUUCUCGUGUUUGUACCACAGCCAAAAAAAUGGGGAUCCCUAAUUUGGGCUGUAUUCAGUACGGUUAUGAUUGAAUACUUUUUACUGCAUUAAACCCAGACAGCCGGCAUCAAACUGACAAUCCUAUUCAAGACUUUGUAAGGAAGAACAUUAAACAUACUGCAGUUUGAAGGGGGGGAUUCAGGCGUUUAAAGAGUGUAUUUAAUGAGCACAAGUCUGCCCCUGAGCAUGUGAGGUGGAGACGAAUUGAAAAUGUUGGACAUAAAGUAUCUACCUGGGAGUACGAUUUUUGUUUGUUUUUUGUUACCUUUUGUGUACUGUACUGUACAUUGCCAAUGUUCAUGUGUAAUGCACUUUUUUUUUUACAUUUUGUUAAAAAUGAUGUCCAGUCUAAUGUUUAUCAUGGAAAUAAACCAUUUUCUCCGCA